GGAUAAUGAUUCGGUAUUGUUUAGGGCCAAUGACGUUUUAGGGCACCCAAGAUAACUACAGUGUAUUGCUUAAUAUAUAAGCAAUAUACUGUGACCUAUACUUUUUAUUAUUAUCCAUACAUUAAGUAAGAUGUUUGGGUUUGAAGUUGCAAAUACAUCAUAGUUGAUUUUUAGGUUUACUAUAAGUACUGUACUAUUUACUAUUUAUGAUAAAAUCAUAAGAAAGAUAAUGGCACAGUCUGACACAAUUGAUGAUGCCCUUUUAUUACCCAAAACAGUAAAACUUGAACUUUCUAAUAAUGAUGUUUCUACUUUGGACAAAUUCGAUGGAAAAGCUAUAGAUUUUCAAUUUUCUAUCCAGCCAAAAGUUGAACAAUCUGAAAUAAAACAUGAAGUUGAGGAAUUAGAAUUUGUGGGAGAAAUUAUAGAGUUUUCUGAUAAUGAACUGUUUGAUUUGGAAGAAAGUCAUGAAGAACCUAAUUAUUGCACCUCAAAAGUAUCUUAUUUGUGUGAACAAUGUAAUGUGGAAUCUUGUUACCAAAAUCAUGACUUGCAUGCAGAUUUUAUUCGUAUUACAACUAAACCAUUAAAUCAAUCAAAUCCAUAUGAAUGUGCUAGAUGUAGAUUAACAUUGUUUAAUCCUACAAUAGCCUUAUUUCAUUUGUCUCUGCAUGACAAAGAUAAUUUCAGGUGCUAUAAAUGCAAUUGCAUUCUCCUGAAAUUUUCUGAUUUUAUGGAGCAUAUAGAGAAAGUUCAUUCUAAAGACAAGGAUAUUUAUCGCUGUCUAGAGUGUAAUUUUGUGACCUACUGGCGUAUCCAGUACAAUGCCCAUAGAAAUAAGUUUCAUGAAGCAAAAUCGUUACAUAAAUGCAAACUUUGUGACGAAUUUUGGCCAACCAAAAAUCAUAAUUUACAUGAGAAGAUGAUACAUAUUAGACGCAAAUAUGAAAGGGAUCCAUAUGUGUGUAAGAAAUGUAAGAUUGAAUUAGUUGAUCACGGAGAAAUAUAUGAUCACUUAAAUAUACAUGGUGAUAUAGGAAUAUUUUGUAGUUUUUGUGCCUUUUCUUCCGAAAAUCUUGAAGACCUUGAAAAUCACAAAAAAAAUAAUCAUGCAGAAGAAAUUGAAAAACAAAAGAUUCAACAAACAAAUUAUAAAGAAACUACGGAGAACGAUAAUGAUGUAUUCUGUGAAUUAUGUCAUAGAUACUGGCCAGAUAAUGAUCAUAAAGCACAUGAAAGAGUCUUACUAGUUGAAAAACAAGUAACAGAGGAUAAUCAGUAUAAAUGUAAUGCAUGUAAUGUACUGACCUAUGACCUACGAGAAGUUUACAAACAUGUGAAUCACUAUUGUAGGUAUAAUUUUAAAUGUCCAUUUUGUUCAAAAGUGUUUCAAAGGAAGUACUCUAUAGAUCCACAUAUUAUAAGAGCACAUCCAGAUAAAGAAGGAGCAGUGACUAAUCAAAUUUUAAAAUGCAAGUUUUGUGAAUAUAAAACAACAAGGAGUACCAAUCUCAAAUCUCACUUAGCAACCCACAUGAGUAUAGAGGAUAGACAACAUUAUAACUGUGAUCAAUGUAAUUUUUCAACUGUGUUUCCCAGUUACUUAAAAAGGCACCGAGUCACUAAUCAUCCAUUGGAAUCUGAUAAACUUUAUACUUGCGAUAAAUGCACUUAUAGUACAUAUUUAUUAAGUCGUUUAAGAAGGCAUACAUUGAGUAAGCAUAUAAAAAAUGAAGAUGUUUGUUUUAAAUGUGAUAUUUGUAACUCUUUAUUUGGACGCAAAAGAAGUAUGGAACUUCAUAAAGCCAAGCAUUUUCAACAAAAGUCGGAAAAGAAACAAUAUGUAUGUGAAAUUUGUGCUCAAGUUUACUACUUUAAACCUAGUCUAAUUAGGCAUCUGCAUAGCGUCCAUCAGCAAGGUGAAUUGAAGAAAUACAUAUGCUAUACAUGUCAAUAUGAAAGUGUGAACAAAAACCAAUUCAUUCAACAUACCAGAAAGCAUAUACCACAGGAGUUAUUAUAUUGUGCCAAUUGCGACUAUAAAACUAUUAGAAAACUUAAUCUCAUCCAACAUAUGGUGAAACAUGCGGAUUCAUCGAAAAUACAGUGGCACAAGUGCAAAGCGUGUUCUUUUAAAACAAAACGACCCCAUACUCUAAGAAAUCACGUUAAAUAUACUCACGAGACAUUUUAACAAUGAUCUAAUAUAAAUUUAAAGCACAAAAAGCAGCGUUGAUAUGAGUUUAGAGGCCAAAUUCUAAAUUUUAUGUUGAUAGCAAUAACGGCGGUAGAUGGUUUUAUCUACUCCGGUAUUUAUCAUCCGGAUAAUGUUACGUCACAGAAUAAUAAACAAUCAGAAUGCCCACUCUCAGAUGCCGCCUUUGAAGUUUUUCAGUACGCGCGCCAUGUUUUAAAAGGAAACACAUAACACAGACAUAUGAUUUGUGAGGUUAUGUAAUUGUUUAUAUUUAUGUUUAAUUAUAUUAUAUUUAUGUUAUAUUUAACAAUGUUACUUUAAUUGUAUAGU